CUUCCCCCACAAAAAUUCAAACUAGUAUCCAAAGAAACACGACCGUUCCUCGUUUACUGUGCCCUUCUUUCUCUCUCUCAUCGUUAAACCCUUCUUCCCUUUCCAAACUCUCCAAACUUCAAUUUUUCAGAAGGCCGUGUUUGUUUGUUUUCACGGCAGGAAAAGAAAACACCCAUUUGAAAAAGGAAAGAAAGAAUUUCUAAUGGUUGCAGGGAAAGUGAAGUCAGCCAUGGGACUACAAAAGUCUCCUAAACCGGAAAAACCACCACCUCCGUCUAAACCACCGUCACCCUCUCACACCUCUUCCGCCGGAAAAUCCUCCUCUCAGAAAUCCACCGUCUUCAACCGCUCUUUCGGGGUGUACUUCCCUCGCUCUUCCGCUCAAGUACAGCCUAAACCCCCUGAUGUUACCGAACUCGUUAAACUCGUGGAGGAACUCCGCGACCGUGAGUCCCGCCUUAAAACCCAACUCAUCGAGCAACAACUCCUGCGUGAGACCGCCGCCAUUGUACCCUCUCUCGAGGCGGAGAUCACCUCGAGAAAGUCGGAAACGGAGCGACUGAUGAUGAAACUGGCUGAGCUACAUGCCGAAAAUGAGAAACUUGUUCACGAGCGGGAACUCAUGAAGGAGGUGUUUGAUCGGGAGAGGAGAGAGAAAGAUGCGAAGAUUUCAGAGUUAAUGUUGGAAAUUGAGGAUGUUAAACAGUUAUCGUCGUCGCAGAGAUUUCAAGGGUUAAUCGAAGCUUCUGGAAAAUCUAAUUUGAUUAAGAAUUUAAGUUUUCGGAAGUCGGGUGUUACUAUUUCCUCCUCCAUGGCUGGUAAGGUAUAUGAACAUAAUGUCGGAAACAAUGAUCAUCAAUUUCUACAUCAGCAUCCGCCGUUGACACCGUCGUACACGGCCGUGGUAGAGAUUGAACCGGCGCGGCAUUCGCGGUGUAGUUCCGCGGACGAGAUUGCGGAAACAUCUGAGUCUCCGUUUGUUCGAUCUCGGAUUCCUAGAGUACCGAAACCCCCGCCGAAGCGUUCUUACUCCGAUUCUUCUUAUUCUGUGUCCUCAUCUUCGUCGUUUUCGGACGGCCGUAAAUCGACGGACAGUAUUACAGCACCACCACCUCCUCCGCCUCCGUUGCCUCCAUCAUCGACGGCGAAAGUAGUACCUCCACCACCACCACCACCUCCACCUCCAGUUAAGAAAUCCGCGGCGCAACCGCCACCACCGCCGCCGCCGGCUCCGUCAAAGGGAGCGAAAGUUAUAGCUUCGAAGGUCAAGAGAGUGCCGGAAGUUGUGGAGUUUUACCACUCGCUAAUGAGGAGAGAUUCCCGGCGAGAUUCCGGUGCCGGUACGGCAGAGGUAACGGCGUCGAGUGCUCGUGACCUCGUUGGAGAAAUUGAGAAUCGGUCUGUGUACUUGCUUGCGAUUAAAACAGAUGUGGAAACACAAGGAGAAUUCAUCAGGUUUUUGAUAAAAGAGGUUGAGGCAGCUGCAUUUACAGACAUUGAAGAUGUGGUUUGUUUUGUGAAAUGGCUUGAUGAUGAACUCUCUUACUUGGUGGAUGAGAGGGCGGUUCUAAAACACUUCAAUUGGCCGGAGCAGAAGGCUGAUGCGUUGAGGGAAGCCGCAUUUGAGUACUCUGAUCUCAAGAAGCUUGAAUCUGAGGCUUCAUCCUUUAGGGAUGUGGCUCGUCAAGCUUGUUCCACCACACUCAAGAAAAUGCAAACUCUACUUGAAAAAUUAGAACACGGGGUUUAUAAUCUGUCGCGACUAAGAGAAUCAGCAGCCAACAGAUUCAAGUCCUUUCACAUCCCUGUUGAUUGGAUGCUUGACACCGGAUUUGUCAGUCAGAUCAAGCUGGCAUCUGUGAAAUUGGCAAUGAAAUACAUGAAACGAGUAUCAGCAGAGCUUGAAGUAGUCGGUGGUGGCCCUGAGGAAGAAGAGUUAAUUGUUCAAGCUGUUAGGUUUGCUUUCCGGGUACACCAGUUUGCAGGAGGGUUUGAUGUGGAAACUAUGACAGCAUUUGAGGAGCUGAGAGAUAAGGCAAGAUCAUGCCAUGUACAGUUUCAGAACCAGCAGCAGACACAGCAUCAGCAGCAGCAGAGGCUUAUAUGCCGAUCAAUGCCAUGCUAGAAUAUUCUUCUGCAGCAAACUCAGCUUCAGAGUUUAACUAACAUAUGGAGCAUCAUUCUUUUGUUGUUGUAAAGUAAAAAUGUCAUGAACAUCAGAAGUAGCCCUUUUGUUGUGCUUAUAUAUAUAUAUAUAUAUAUAUAUAUAUAUAUAUAUAUAUAUAUAUAUAUAUAUAUUUGUCAUUGCCUUGUUUAAAUUUUAUUUGUAGUGCACUUCUGAUAUCUCAUCGAAACUGCUUCGAGAAAUAUAAAUGAAUAA